CUCCUCCCCACCAGAGCUUACCAGGAUGGAGGAGGAGCAUCUUCAUGAGGACCUGAAGGUCUUUCAAGACAGAAACUUCUUCAGGCAGAAGCUGAAGUCCUUCGUCACCGUCUAUUUGCUGCUGGCCCUCUCCUUCCUCCUCAUCUUCACCCUCUUCGCUGUGUCGCUCUCCAGAGUUUCAGCCAUUUCUUCGAAGCUCCAGGAGCUGCCCCCGCCGCAGAACCACACCGUUUCGGGCAGGGAUUUCCUCUUGUUUCCCUGCGGACCCGGAUCCAGGGAAUGGGAAUACUUUGGUGGGAAAUGCUACUACUUCUCCCUCACCAGGACGAGCUGGCACAAAGCGAAGGCUCAGUGCGAGGAGAUGCGCUCGCAGCUCGCUGUCGUUGACAGCUACGCCAAGCAGAAUUUUGUCAUGUUCAGGACAAGGAAUGAGCGUUUCUGGAUCGGGCUCACGGAUGAGAACUCGGAAGGGGAAUGGGAAUGGGUGGACGGGACCGACUACAAAACCACCUUCACGUUUUGGAAGGAGGGAGAGCCCAAUAACAGCGGCAACAAUGAGGAUUGUGCCCACCUCUGGGUGUCGGGGAAGUGGAACGAUGUCUACUGCACCUACGAGUGCUACUACAUCUGCGAGAAGCCUGUGCCCCAGUGAGCAAAGCCGCUCAUGGAGAUGCUCUGGCGCCACGAACGUUCCUUCCUCCUCUUAACUUAUGCUCUCUGCUCUGUCCCGAGGAAGAGCAGGGAUGGGUUUGUAUGGUCCGAAGCGAUAUCCAUAGGAAUCUGGGCUCUCCAUGGGGAGCUCAGCCUAAUAAAGGACAAUCGUUGCUCUGGUUAA